AUGUCAACUCUACGACUAGCUUUGGCCCAGUUACUCAUCGGCUCCAACAAACAAGCCAAUAUAGAAAAAGCAAUUUCUUUUAUUGAACGAGCGAAAAAACAAUUUGCUGAUGUUGUCAUUCUUCCAGAAUGUUUUAAUUCUCCUUAUGGUCCACAAUACUUUAAUAAAUAUGCUGAAAAUAUUCCAACUGGUGAAACAAGCUUAGCACUAUCGAAAGCAGCUAAAGAUUUAAAAAUAAAUAUUAUUGCUGGUACUAUUCUUGAAAGGGAUAAUGAUGCACUGUAUAAUACUUGCACUGUUUGGAACACCGAAGGUCAUCUCAUAGCAAAACAUAGAAAAGUCCAUUUGUUUGAUAUUGAUAUAAAAGAUAAGAUACGAUUUUUCGAAAGUGAAGUUUUGAGUGCAGGCAAUUCAUUAACAAUUAUUGAUAUAAAUAAUUUCAAAAUCGGAAUUGGUGUUUGUUACGAUAUAAGAUUUGAAGAAAUGGCACGCCUGUAUCGUAAUAAAGGAUGCAAUUUAUUAGUGUAUCCAGCAGCAUUUAACAUGACCACCGGUCCAUUACACUGGCAACUCCUUCAACGCUCAAGAGCUAAUGAUAAUCAAUGCUACGUAGCAUGUGUUUCUCCAGCACGUGAUACUACAGCAAGUUAUGUCGCGUGGGGGCAUAGCCAACUGACUAAUCCUUGGGGAGAAGUAGUUCAUGAUUUGGAUGUUCAUGAAAACAUGAUAGUUACAGAAAUAAAUUCAUCUAUAGUGGAAGAAGUGAGAAGUCAAAUACCAACAAUUAAUCAACGCCGUACCGACGUUUAUGAUACCAUUUAUAAACAUGAUAGCAAAUAA